GGAUUUGCUGCCCCAAGCAGGUUGGCUCGGCUCCGGCCCUCGCCAUUUGGCCAUGUUGCCGGAAAGCCGGCCCGCGCAUGCCCGCUGUGCAACCAAGCUGAAGCGCUUUCUGCUGAGAUAUUUCCCGCCCGGGAUCAUUUUGGAGUAUCAUGGCAUCAACGGAGAUCUCGAGACCAAGUCGAUCGAACUUGGCAGCCUUGAUCCGGAGACAGAUGUGGACGCCUUGGUGAAGAAGCUGGUCCGUGAAGAGGGGCUCAUCUCCGAGAGCAACAAGGAGGCCCUGCAAAAGAUGAUCUUCAAGCUCAUGGACAAGAUCAAAGAUCAGGAGAGUCAACGAUUUGAGUUGGUGCAAAUCUUGCGAGGUCACCUUUUGCCAUUGACCAGUUGCUCUUUCAACAAGUCCUGCUCAAAGAUCCUCACGGCCUCCUUUGACCGCAGCUGUCGAGUUUGGGACGUUUUUGGCGAGGAACUUCUGACAUUGGAGGGCCACGAUGGCCCCGUGAACGCCGCGGCCUUCAACAACCCUUUGGGCGAUCGCAUUGUGACCGGCAGUGGGAAGUUGGCGCGGCUUUGGGAUGCCAACAGCGGGCAAUGUCUCCACGUGCUGAAGGGCCAUGAGGGACGUAUCACCUGUGCGAGUUUCAAUUUGCAAAGUUCCGUCCUAUGCACUGGUAGCUCUGAUGGCGGCCUGAAGCUGUGGGACGUGGAAAUUGGCCUCGCGAUUUUGUCCCUGCGCGGGCAUUCUGGUGACAUCUCGUCAGUGAGCUUCAGCACAGAUGGUGAGAAGAUUCUGAGCGGCUCCUUCGACAACACUGCCAAAAUUUGGGAUGUUCGAACUGGAAAAUGCCUUCACACGUUGUCCGGGCAUGGCAGUGAGAUCAAAUCCAAGCAACUCCAAGAUGGACAUCGCGGUGGCUCGGAUCCGAUCCGAGCGUUUUCGGGAGGCGAACGCCACGAGGAGACACCUCCACGAGGAGACACCGGACGAGGCUACAUCUCAGCCGCAUCCUUCGACUUCGCUGGGCAUUUGUGCCUCACUGGAAGCUUUGACGGAACAUGCAAGCUUUGGAGAGUGAAAAAUGGGAGGUGUAUGGACACCCUGAGAGGCCACAACAUGGAGAAGAAGGGGCAGGUGGACCGACCGAGUGGCAUUCAUCCGGUGCUUCAUGCUUGUUUCAAUCCUGUGGGCGAUCGCUUUGCUACCUGCUCGACCGAUUGCAACAUACUGGUCUAUCGUGUGGCGGACGAGGAGGGUGGUCAGGUGAUGACGGCUCUCGUUUGCAAGCUGAAUGGUGCGGGCCCCGUCAGCAAAGUGCAGUUUAGCCCCAAUGGGCGGAAGCUGAUCUCCAUCUCCGAUCGAAGCUGCCGUUUGUGGUCCAUCAAGGAAGGGACUUGCCUCCAAGUCCUGGAGGGUCACGGCGAUGAAAUCCUGGACUGCACCUUCGACUACGAAGGAGAUACCAUCAUCACUGGGUCCAAGGACAAUACCUGUCGAAUCUGGAGGGACAGAAGUUUGAUGGCCGAAGAUUAGAGAGAAACGGUUUCCACAAUGGUCUCCGUGGUCUCCAAAUAGAUAACGGUUUCCAUUACAUGUUGAAAGGGGUUUUACUUUUCUGGUCUAUACUGUAGAUAUAGGACGCCUGGGUGAAGUGACACAGU